GUGACUUGAAGCAUGAAGCAUUUGUUUAUAAACCUUUAUGGCAGUUACAUUAUAUUAGUUAUUUGCUGCAUAGACGCGGAUGCUUUGGUGCAUUUUAAGGCUUUAAAAAAGGGCAGUAACGGUUGCUUAGAUGAUGAUGGCAAGGAAAUGAAAGUGUAUGGUGAGACGCAGGACAAGAAUACGUGCGGCGUGAUUGUUUGUCAAAACACGGAAGGACAUGCUCUAAUACACUACUGCCAGAUACCAGCGGCGUUUGAAGCCUGCAAUACGAAUGGUGUGCUGACCACUGUGGAUUUUCCCGAAUGCUGCUGGAAGUGCGUGAAGUGGCAUAAUUGUGAUGCCGAGAAGAAGGAAUAAUAAUUUAUAUUGCAUUUAUUGCAUGUUGUGUUUAUACUAAAGCGGCAGAUGUCAAAUGAGCACUCAAAUGAUAUUUUAAUUGCUAAACUGUUUCCAAAACUCAAGA